AAACAGAACGUAAAGUUCACACAGAUGAGAGAGUUUAGAGAGAGAAAGGGCUUCUAAGAAGAGCGAGUUAGAGAGAGAGGGGGCUUCUAAAAUGGCUUCCUCCAUGGCUCUAGUUGGUGCAGGUUUCUUGUACAGGCCAAAAAUGGAGGUGGAAAGAAGGUUUAGAUCAUCAUGUAUCAAAACAAAGCCUUCCUCCUCCUAUGUAAGUGUGAGAGCUGAAGCCAUCAAUCCUGAAAUCAGGAAGACUGAGCAAAAAGUAGUGGACUCGGUCCAAGUCUCUGAACUCUCCAACCCAUUAACUGCUUAUUGCAGGUGCUGGAGGUCAGGAACGUUUCCUUUGUGUGAUGGAAGCCAUGUAAAGCACAACAAAGCCACUGGAGAUAAUGUAGGGCCUCUACUUCUUAAGAAAUAAAAAGAUUAUCAAAUUCUUUUUCAUUAUCAUAUUUUGUAGGUAUGAGGGUUUAUCGAUCAAAAACAACUUAUUUGUGGAUUCAAAGUUGUUCUCCUUUUCUUGCUUGAAUUCCACCAACUCUUGUCUUCCUCGUUUCUACAAUUGAUGUUGUUUGUACUCUUAUAAUAUCACAGGUCAUUAGAAGUUCUAUUAAGCAUUUA